AUGUUGCAACGUAAUAAAAUUUAUAGAAAUAAAUAUAACUGUAUUGUAAGAAUAUUCAAUGGUUACCUUGCGAAAUAACUCAAAGUUAAACUGCCAUUGUAAGUAUACCAUCGUGUAUAUUUCGCGCGAAAUUUAAAACGGUAGAACUUCGUUCAUCCGAAUCUCGUUCAGACGAACCAAAGUUACGAAGUUAAUAUUGAGUCUCAGAUAUACGAAUUCAUAAAUUGAUCAAUUUCAGCUAUCCUCGUUUACUAUCUUUAUUCAAACAAAUAAAAAAUAGAAUGUGAAGAAGGUUAGAGACAUGUUUGAACAAACGAAGCUUUACCUUUAUUAAGAUUAAAUUUGAAAAAACUAGUAGUCUCAAUUCGUUUUAUUUGUAAUUAUUUCUCAGUUAAUUUACGGUAUCAAAAUCCAUUUCUUUUGGCUAUUACAUUUUUCACCUAAACUCCCACGACUUUUUGAAAAACAUUGGAGUACCUGUAACAAUUGCGAUAAACUGUCUUUCAGUUCUCGAUGGAUCAAUAAAUGUAUAUUUUUAUUAAAGUGAUUCAUUCGCUUAUUAAUCUUUGACUUUUACUAGUCCAGGUAUUGAGUUCGCGAUUGGCGCGUUAGCAGCUGUGGGGGCUGGAUUCUUCACGAAUCCAGUCGACGUGAUAAAGGUACGCUUGCAGCUACAAGGGGAGCUAGAAGCACGAAAUACAUAUAGGAAAAUUUAUAAGAACACCCUGCAUGCGGGUUAUGUGAUUGCAAAACACGAGGGCGUGUGUGCUCUACAAGCUGGCAUCGUACCGGCUCUGUACUUCCAAGUGGUGCUCAAUGGAAUACGAUUAGGAGCGUAUAAUACGGCAAAGAAAUACAACAUAAUCACCAAUGACAAAGGGAAUACUGACAUUCUGAAGACCGCGUUAUUUACUGGAACAGCUGGCUCUGUCGGUGCUGUUCUUAGCAGCCCAUUCUACAUGGUGAAAACACAAUUACAGGCGCGUUCAGCACAAUCUAUAGCCGUUGGCUAUCAACACAAUUAUACAGGCACCUGGUGCGCAUUCAAAUCUCUGUGGAAAGAAGGCGGCAUAAUCGCUUUGUAUCGCGGCUGGUAUGCCAAUAUACCACGAGUUUUUGUCGGCUCUGCGACGCAGUUAACUACAUUCGGUUUGGCUGCGGAUUGGUUACGCUCAUUACAAAUGUUUACAGAUCAACCAAUACUUCUGACCUUUGUGGCUUCUGUAAUCGGUGGAAGUUGCGUGGCUUUCACUAUGCAACCGUUUGAUGUUUUAGCAACGAGGUUGUACAACCAAAAGACGGACGUGAGCGGAAAAGGUACAUUGUAUAACGGACUUCUGGACGCGAUCAUUAAAAUAGUACAAACAGAAGGUUUGACUGGUCUGUACAAAGGAAUUUUUCCGACAUGGAUGAGAAUAGCACCGCACACAGUACUUUGUUUAGUAUUCUAUGAAAAGUUAGAUCAAUUGUAUACUGUACUUCAACAUUAA